CGCGAGAAUGCUGGGGCUCAGUGGAUACGCAAGUAGUGAUGAGGAAGAUGAAGGCCAAAAAAUAUCCACAAAUACACAGCUGAACACCGACAAAGUCGGGACGAAGAAGAAUGAAAAUCUUUCCUUGGCUUCGAAAACUGCUAUAUCUGCUUCAUCAGCGGUGUUGAUGCACAGCGAUGUACCCAUCGAACGGCCGACACAAGGUCCUGCAAUGCCACCAGACGAGGAAUCCGAAUUCGUCUAUGAAGAGCCCGAUAGGGAGCUCUCAUACGAUGAAGCGCGUGCAGCUAUCAGAAGCAUGACUAUGCCGCCCGUACCCAACUUUUCUAUCCCGCCUUCACCGCCAGGUUCACCUCCGUCCGCAUCGACGAAGAAAUUCGCGCACUUCCUCAAACUCAAAAAGCAAGGCGUACAUUUCAACGAGCGGCUAGAGAAAACGCCGGCUCUAAAGAAUCCAACAUUGUUUCAAAAGCUCAAGCAGCACGCUGGAAUUUCGGACGAGGAGCAGUAUGCGACAACAUUGCCGGAAGACCUGGCCGUACCGGUGACCUUUCCACCAUGGGCGUAUGCAGAUGAACUGGGCAAGACGCAGGCCAAUAUAAGGCAAAAGAAAGAUCAAAAGCCUAGGGAUACUAUAGAUUUCGUUCCUGCCACACAGCGGUCGUCAUAAGUGAGGACGUUUGGACGACGAUGCGGAAUGACGAGGGAAUGGCUGCAAACGAGAAUCUGUUCGAGGAAAAGUACGAGGUGAAGACCUCUUGAUCGCAUAGAUGGGGUCCAAAGAGAUGAUGCGUGUAUUGUAUAUUUUAUACCAGUAUUUGACGGAAUGCUGGGCAAGCAGAAUCUCAGCAUCGCUUUGAAACCACA